ACCGGAAGCAGCCCAACAAAAAGUGAGAAGGUACGGUGGAGGCUCGUGCGAAAGCUGAAGAGGCUACAAGAUGGGGAAACAGAAGAAAGCAAGAAAAUAUGCUACUAUGAAACGCAUGAUCAGCCUCCGUGACCAGCGCCUCAAGGAGCAAGACCGAGCAAAAGCCAAGAAGAAAAAGAAGGAUGAUCCAAGUGCUAUCAAAGAGAGAGAGGUCCCUCAAUAUCCCUCCUGUUUGUUCUUCCAAUAUAACACACAACUAGGGCCUCCCUACUACAUCCUGGUUGAUACCAACUUUAUCAAUUUCUCCAUUAAAGCCAAACUAGACCUGGUGCAGUCAAUGAUGGAUUGCCUCUAUGCCAAAUGUAUUCCCUGUAUCACAGAUUGUGUCAUGGCUGAAAUUGAGAAGUUGGGACAGAAAUAUCGUGUGGCCUUAAGGAUAGCCAAAGACCCACGAUUUGAACGCCUGCCAUGCACUCACAAAGGAACUUAUGCAGAUGACUGUUUGGUGCAAAGGGUGACUCAGCACAAGUGUUACAUAGUGGCUACUGUAGACAGAGACCUCAAGCGGAGAAUACGGAAAAUCCCUGGAGUCCCUAUCAUGUAUAUAUCCAAUCACAGGUAUAACAUUGAGAGGAUGCCAGAUGACUAUGGAGCUCCUCGGUUUUAGCUGUGCAUUGGAAAGAGUCCAAGAGAAGCCUGCUGUGUCACUCUCAAAUUCCGGAACUGUUUGCCUUUUUUAAAAAGACACUUUUGUUACUGAUUCAUUUUCCAUUAUGCUGGGAGCCGAACUGAUUUUAUGUAGCUCUUCUGUUCUUCCAGAAAAAGUAUGGUGGAUCUGUGUUUUUGCUCCGUGUUUCAGAAUAAAUAUAUAAUUGUUAAGAAGUGGACUGUUGAGAAUUUCUCUAUAUAUAUUUAUUUAUCUGCUUCAUUUAUAUCCCACUU